AUGGUUCUUCCAAAUGAAAUAGAUAAUAAGGUGUUCUCAGAAGUACCUAGUCCAAAAACAGCACCUGUAAAAGAAAAUUAAAUGAUCGAAAAUAACUAUGUUCUUAAAAAGGAAAAGAUUAAGAAAUAUAUGAAGGUCCCAUUAAAGACUAAAUAGGAGCUUCAUCAGAUGGUUUAAUAGGAAGGAAAAAAAAUAAAAGAAGCUGCCAAAGUUCUUGGUAUAAAGUAUGCAACAGCAAAGACAAUAGUUUUUCAUAAAAGACAAAAACGAAAAGAGAAGAAAUAGCUCGGCAUAAAAAUGUGUGGUUAUACUAAAAAAAAUAAAGAUAGAGCUUCUCUUUUUCGGAUCAUUUCUAUAACUGGUAUUGAUAAAAAACACUGUAUGGAGUAUGCUUGGUGA